CUUUUCUUUGCGCUCUCUCUCCCUUUAUAAUUAACCAACCUGGCUCACCUUUAUUUCAUCUUUUCUUGACUCUCCGUCACAAACCAUUUCUCAGAAGUUCGUAUGAUCUUGCUAUGAAAGUACUGAGAAGCCCUGUCUCUACCCGCAUCGUCAGGCCUACGACCGCUCUCAAGCCCACAAAUGUCUCUCGAAACUUGGCUACCGCAAUAUCCAUAACUCCUCCUUCCUACCUCUCUCUACCUCCCCCGGGUCCACCCCAACCUCGUCUUCCAGGCCCUUCUGUCGUCGCCUCUUUAGGAACCGAAUAUAAUGAGAAUCUCUUCCGAUACACCUCCGGCAGGUGGUUGUACAACGAAUCUCAGCAGAUGGCUCAGCGUUACAUCAAGUUUGAUGUCGCUGCUCUACGUCGUAUCAUUGCCUCCGUCUGCGCUUCCCCUGUAUCAUCCAUGGAGAAAAAGGAGGGUUUGUUUAACAAGACUUUAAUGGUCACUCUCGCAAAUGGGAAAAAAGUUGCUGUCCGUAUCAAAAAUCCAAUUGCGGGUCCCGACCACCUCAUGACUUCCAGUGAGGUUGCAACGAUGGAUUUCGUCCGCCACAAUCUAGGAAUUCCUGUGCCUAAGAUCUUGGCCUGGAGUUCCCACGCUGCUAAUAAUGGCGUCGGAGCAGAAUACAUCAUCAUGGAGUCCGCUCCGGGUGUCCAGCUUAGCACCGUCUGGCGCACCAUGGACUCACGUCAGAAGAAGAACGUCGUCAAUUCGCUUGUAGCACUCGAGCAGAACAUGCUGAACGCAAAGUUUGCGCAGUAUGGUAGCCUAUACUACAGGGAUGAUAUUCCCGAGUCGAAACGGGCCCCGCGCUUGUAUGCCCACGGAUCACGUAGGUUCGGUUCCGAGGAAAAGUUUUGCAUAGGUCCCAUAGCCCAUCGCAAUUUCUAUGAAGAUGAACGUGCGGCUAUGGACCUUGACAGAGGACCGUGGUCAUCCCCGGAGGAUUACCUUCGCUCCCUCGCAUUGCGCGAGGAGGCAUGGAUCUCACGUUUUGCCAAGCCUAAUAUCCAUGAUGAUCCUUUCCGCAAUGUCUCUGGCCCUCAGUUCAAGGAAGAGCAUCUUCAGUGCUUAGAACAGUAUCGUUCAAUCAUCCCCGCUCUCGUGCCGACCUCGCGAAAGGUCCUUGCAUCUAAUUUGUGGCAUUCUGACCUUAACCCUGGCAAUAUCUUCGUAUCCGACGACGAGGAGCGACGUGUGGUUAGCAUCAUUGACUGGCAAGGCUGUUGGGCUGGUCCUGCGUAUCUUCAAAUGACCAGUCCAUCCUUCCUGGCUUGCGAUGUUGCCGGACUUACUUCAGGCCUCGAUUUCCCUAAACUUCCUCCUGAGUACGACAUCAUGAGCCAAGACACCAAGGCUAUAAUGCACGAGGAUCACAAGGCGCAGAUACUUCAUAAACUCUAUGAAAUCAAACAGCUGUACCCUUAUCGUAUUAGCGAUCGCGAGGCGCGAGUAAUGCCUGUCCGCGCAGCAGGCCGGACAUGGAAAGACGGCAUUCUUCCGCUGCGCCUCGCGUUGCUUGACGUCUUCAGCCGGUGGGCAGAACUCUCUCGUAGUGAUGAGCCCUGCCCGCUGCGCUUUACGCGGGAGGAAGUGCAAGAGCUGAAGCGUCAACGAGACCGGUAUGUAGAUUGGCAUGACUUCCUGGACGACGUGCGUACGACAUUUGGCAUGCGGUUGUACGGAUGGGUGUCCCCGCAUGAUUAUCCAUCGAAACGUGCGUUGCUUGAAGGCACACGCAGUCGUCUUCCCGUCGCGCUCACCAGUCAGCUGGAGGAGAUUCUUCCUCAGGAUUGGUGGCCGUUCAGAGAUACGGUCCCUUUACCCUCUGCGCCUGAGGUGCGAGUGUAAGGUGGUUACGUAUCUUUAACAUUACUUUCUUUGAGUUUUCAUUGAUCUUCUUGGAACUGCUGCUAUCGUUUUUCUUCACGAUUUUAUCUUGUUGUGCGAGGGGAUACGGACCUUCAUCAUUACGAUACGACUCAUGGUUAUUAAUUUGCUGCGAUUAGACAGUUUGUCGUUUAGAUGUUCACUUUUGAGUUAUCUUCCUUGUAUUUACAUUAACGUGUAGGGUUACUUUGCUUUGGUUUGCUAGGGAUUUGGGAAAUACAUAGAGUGCGGUAGUAUAUGUUGUACAUAUAUAGAGUAUACCACCGUGAACAUGAAGAAGUGAUGUCCGUCGGAA